AUAUUGACGGUAUCGACGAUUAUAUAGGUAUAUAGGUGUAGGAUUCUACAAUUCUAAUAAUGGACAUUUAGUAUUUCAGAAUUUAGUAUAUGUCCGUUGCUCGCCACGAUCAAACAUCGUAAUUGUGUGUUUUUUUGUUAAUUAUAAAUUUAUUGUUUUAUAAAAUGAGUACUUUGGGUGAAUUAUAUAGAAAAAUUUUUUUUAAUGACAAAACUUGUAUACAAUUUUUAAAAGAUUGUGAAUUAUUACCUAAUACAAAAUUGUGUACCAAAUUAAAUUCUAUUGGUGAACAAUGUGGUAGUGAAAUGAAAGAAACUUUUAAAAAAAGCCAGAAACGUGAUUUAAACAGAGAUGUUAUUGUAACAAAAUAUUUACGACAUAGUUUUUUUAUAGUUGAUAAAAGAGAUCGUGAAAUAUUGCUUCCUAUAAUUAUCCAAGAAAUAGAACCCGAAAUAACAAUUUAUUCAGAUGAAUGGCGAGCUUACAAUUCAUGUACAGGUGCUCAAACACAGACUAUUGAAUGUUUAUGGAAACACAUGAAAGUGAAGUAUGAAAUUAGAGAUCGUGAAGCGACCAAUCUUCUUGAAGACAACUGCAAGAAGAGUGGUGGAGAUCCGUCAAUCAAGAAAAUAUUUUUGAAUGUUUUUACAAGAUAUAAAAAAAAAACAUUUUUGUAAGAAAUUAAAGAAAUAUGAACAACUGUUAACAAACAGGCUAUUUAAAAUGGGACAACUGUCAACCAGCAGGCUAUUGAGCAGGUUAGUAACGCAAGUUUGUAGAUUUGUAUAUAUGGUUUUUUUGGUAGAUAGCAUAGGACAUGUGUACAUAGAUUUGUGUAGAUAUCAUUUUUUUGGUAGAUAGCAUACGACACGUGUGCCUAUUUAUAUAAUCAAUCAUAAAAUGUUCUACUUUUUAUUUUGCUCAGUUUAAGUAUAAACAC